CACUGUAUAAUACUGAAGAAGUCUAUAUAGACUGGUAUUGCAGAUACUAAUUUCCUGAAUAAUGAGGUGGAGGAUGAGGAAAAAUGUUAAAUAAGCAUGUGAUAAAGGACUGAGGUUUUAUUUUUUCCAUGAAGUGCAAAUGCAAGAUCAAACUGAAACCGGAGUAACGUUUUGGUCUGGACCUGACUAGACUGAUACUGUCAUAAAGGAAACUUUUUGGGGACUUCUGGGAGCCGAAUUAUCUCAAUAACGUACAAGGAAGCUAAAAUCUGAUGAGGAUAUGGGAGAUUCUUCAGAAUAUCAGCGGCUGCCAAAUGAUGAGGAAGAUGUGCAGAAACUGGGCAGUAGCAUGCAGUCAGAUGAGGGUACAGAGUGGCUUCUUGAACUUCUAACAGAAGUGCAGCUUCAGCAGUAUUUCCUACGCAUCCGUGAUGACCUUAACGUCACCCGCCUCUCACAUUUUGAUUAUGUAAAAAAUGAAGAUCUUGAAAAAAUCGGCAUGGGCCGUCCAGGCCAAAGACGUCUGUGGGAAGCAGUAAAAAGAAGAAAAGCUUUCUGCAAGCGAAAAUCUUGGAUGAGCAAGGUAUUCAGUGGAAAGAGACCCGAAUCUGAGUUUCAAACUCAACCUACCACUACUUUCCGCAAAGUCUCAACCCCUCCCCCACCAGAGGGUCAACAGGCCCUUACCUGCCUCAUAAGCGAGAAGGACCUCACACUCUUUGAAAAGCUUGGAGAUGGCUCCUUUGGGGUGGUAAAACGAGGAGAAUGGUUCACACCAACUGGUAAAGUGAUAAGUGUUGCAGUGAAAUGCUUAAAAACGGAUGUUCUUAAUCAGCCAGACGCUUUGGAUGACUUCAUCAGGGAAGUUAAUGCUAUGCACUCUCUAGAUCAUCAAAACCUGAUCCGGCUAUAUGGUGUUGUACUCACACACCCCAUGAAAAUGGUCACAGAACUGGCACCAUUAGGCUCUUUGCUGGAUCGAUUAAGAAAGAAUCAGGGACAUUUUCUGAUAUCAACGCUUUGUCAAUAUGCCAUUCAAAUUGCCAAUGGCAUGGCUUACCUGGAAUCAAAGAGAUUUAUCCAUCGGGAUUUAGCAGCCAGAAAUAUCUUACUAGCAUCUAAUGAUCUUGUCAAGAUUGGUGAUUUUGGACUAAUGCGUGCACUUCCCAAAAAUGAUGAUCAUUAUGUUAUGCAAGAACAUCGCAAGGUUCCCUUUGCCUGGUGUGCUCCCGAAAGUUUAAAGACCCGUACAUUUUCUCAUGCAAGUGAUACCUGGAUGUUUGGAGUCACUCUUUGGGAAAUGUUUACUUAUGGGCAGGAACCUUGGUUGGGGCUCAAUGGUAGUCAGAUCCUUCAUAAAAUUGACAAAGAAGGAGAAAGACUGACAAAGCCUGAGGACUGUCCUCAAGACAUCUAUAAUGUAAUGCUGCAAUGCUGGGCACAGAAGCCUGAUGACCGACCCACUUUUAUAGCACUACGGGAAUUUCUAGUAGAGACAAUGCCUACAGACAUGCGAGCACUUCAAGACUUCGAGGAGCUUGACAAGCUGCAGAUUCAAAUGAAUGAUGUCAUUACAAUCAUUGAGGGCAGGGCAGAGAACUACUGGUGGAGGGGCCAGAAUAAAAGAACCUUAAAAGUGGGACAGUUUCCCAGGAACACCGUCACUUCAGUGGCAGGAUUAUCAGCACAUGAUAUCAGCAGGCCUCUCAAAAACAGCUUCAUCCAUACAGGACAUGGAGAUACCAACCCUCAAUGCUCCUGGGGAUUUCCAGAUAAAAUUGAUGAGUUGUACUUGAGCAAUCCAAUGGAUCCCCCAGAUGUUUUAGGACUGGAUAUAAUGGCAGCAAGACCCACUCAGUUGCCUGGAAGGGCAAAAAAGGAGCCUCCUCCACGCCCUCCUCAGCCAGUCAUCCUAAUCAAGAAACCUUGCUAUGACCCAGUAACAGAAGAGGAAGAUUCUGCUGCUAACCUAAAGAAAAUGUCACUAAGGAAACAAGGGCCAGUUAAGGGUCUUAAACUUAAACCUGCCGCUCGAGUCUGUGCAACAAAGAUCAGUGAUAGACAGUGCUUUGGUGGAAAAAGCAUAGUAGCUCAGGCAAAUGAAAUUUCAUUGAUUGACUUUGAAGAUGAGGUUCCACCAUCUACUCCUUCUCCUAUCAUGGAGCUAACAAUUCCAGCACUGGCAAAAUUAGUGUUGGACACUGACAGUAUAUUGGAUAAAACCCCUCCACAGAGUCCCACAAGGUUUCUUCCUAGACCCCUUCACCCAACACCUGUUGUUGACUGGGAUUCCAAACCAUUACCACCCCCACCUGCUUAUGAUGACGUUGCUCAGGAUGAGGAGGAUAUUGAAGUUUCUUCGAUAAAUAGUUCUGAACAAGUUAUGACAGACGAAAGGUCAAAAUAUGAUAUGGUUAAUCUCCACAAAACCAAAGACAAGGGAGAAACAAACUUUGGCUUUGUUCAGGAAACUGACUUGGUAGAAAGACCAAAAGUGGAGGACAACCUUUUCUUGCCUUGUCAGCAGAAGAGACGGACAAGCUUAUCUCAGUCAACUGAAAUUUUUGAGGAACUACAGCAAGAGUGCAUGAAAAGAUUAAAUGUUCCUGUUGGUUUUUCUCAGCCUUCCACACCAAGCCCCACAAAUUCGGAUGUUCAUAAACAGAUAUUUUUACCAUCUGCUGAAGAAAGACCACAGAUUCCACCUAGGAUACCUAUCCCACCACGGCCUGCUAAACGAAACGAGUAUGGUCGAUGGUCUGGUGAUCUUUCUCCUGGUUCAGUGGGAGAGGAUGACAAACCUCCGCAGCUACCCCCAAGAGACCCCUUAUCACAGCCUAAUUCUCGAACUCCUAGCCCCAUGAGUCUCCAUGUGGGAUCUCCUCAACAAAGAUGCAGCCUUAGUUCAGCCAUGUCAUUUGGUUCAUAUCUUUCCACUUCACCAGGCAAACCAAUGCUAACUACCCAGAGCUUUGCAUCAGACCCCAAAUAUGCUACCCCAAAAGUAAUUCAGGCUCAAGGGAAGGACUGUAGCAAAGGACCAUGCAUCUUACCAAUUGUUAAAGAUGGAAAAAAAGUGAGCAACACACAUUAUUACCUUCUUCCAGAAAGACCUCCCUACUUGGAUAAGUAUGAGAGGUUUUUUAAGGAGGCUGAAAGCACAGAGGACAUCUCCUCCAGGAGAACUAUUACAACAGCAACUGUACGACCCAUGGUCCAGCAAAAUGAUGUCAAAGCAAACUUCUCUUCCAAUAACAGCAAUUUGGGUGCCAAAAAUGUGAUGAAGACCUCCUAUAGUCUCCAGAAAAUUACCUUUGAUGGAUCUGUUGGAAAAUCUGAAGGAAUCAAGCCAUCAGAUAAAAUCAAACUAGUGCAGGAAACAGUCCAUGGAGUCACUAUAGAGGAGUGCCAGGCUGCUCUGCAGAGUCACAACUGGAAUGUUCAUAAAGCAAUACAGUGCCUCAAGGUUGAACAGUUAUUCUGCCUGGGUCUGAAAACAAGAGCAGAAUGUCUUAAAAUCUUAGAAAUGCAUGACUGGAAUCUGGAACUGGCAAGCUCUCAACUUCUGGAGUCGUACAGCACUGUGAGGCGAUGACAAAUGACUAAAGAAGCACGAUGCUCUGAUAUCCUCGUACAGUUUUUUCCUUUGUCCUUUUUCCCCCACACAGCAUGUGGACGGCUGCUUGACUACAAACAAAACCUCAAAAAAACUGUCUGUUUGGGAUUAGCUUCUCUGAUCAAAAGGUCAAAUUUCAACCAGUACAGUGUUUUAUUCUAGAACUAUUGUACUACUAAAAAAUUUGCUUUGUCUAGAAGGUAAUUUGUAAAACAAAAAUGAUAAAACAUUUGUCAGUAGAGCAUAUAUCAAGUACACAAAAAACAAUCUGAAUUUUUCUGCUGUUGGUCUGUUAGGUUUGCAUCAUUGUUUGACUGAAUUUUUUAGUAGUUUAAUUUUAAAAGGAUUUGUGAAAAAUAUUUCAGUGGUAUUUUUUUUUAACAUGAAGCCAAAAGAUUUUCAUAAUGAUUUCAAAGUGCACAGUGCUACUGUAUUUCUUCUGACAGUAGAGAUGCAGGAAAGAAUACACUUUGUCAUGUAAGGUUUCUGAACAAAGACACUGAUGUCUGAUAGAGCAGUGGCUCUGGGCUCCUAACUGUAAACCACAUUUUUUUUUUUUUUGCAUUAUUCUUUGUAAUUUUUUUAUUUGAAUUUUACAGAAUUUAUUGAAGUUUGUUGCUUUAUAUAAAUAAUGUUUAUGUGUCUAUACCCAGAAGUAGAUCAAAGGAUUGUUACUUGAAGCACACUUCAUGAAAGCCUUUUUAAUAUGUAUAUAAAGAAUAUUCUUUAAAAAUAAUGCAGUAACACUUACAUACAAUUGCCAUGUAAACAACUGGAAUAAUAUGAACACAUGUCAUACUUUUAAGAUGAUACUGAAGAAGUCUCUUUAAUAAUAGGCUCCUACAGAAUCCAAAUGCUAGCUUAUAUUUAUUUAUAUAUUUAUGUUUAAUGUCUAGGCUGUAAAAUGAUUUAAUUUUGUUGUUGGAGAUCAUGGUUAGAAUACCAGUGAAAGCCAAACAACAUUAAACAACUUCCCUUAGGUAUAUGCUAUAAAAAACAUGUUUUAUAAUACUGUAUAUGAAAAAAAGUAUGUCACAUCACAGAAUUGUCAUUUUUCUAAAAAUGUGAGAAAGAAUGUGUGUUACAGGCAUCAUUGUAGGAAAACUAAACCGUUUACCAGAGAAUUUCGAUAGGGCAGUACUCAUGCUGAAAAAACGAUUAACCUAAACAAGCAGGGACCACCUUUACAGUGCCUCCAAAAGUGGAGUAAAACAGUGAGACACACCAUUAGAUGAUAUGUAGUAUGCUGAAGCUGGCAGUUCAUUAAUACUAAUCCACUUAAAGUGAAAAAAGCACUAAAACUACUCUAACAUUUGAAAACUCUGUGUCCUACCAAAAAAUGAAAGUGAACAAACCACAAGGAUGAAAAUAUCUGGAGAAAGGAGAUAGCAUGUGGGUAUGUUUAGAACACAAGUGCUCAGAAGUACAAGUCUUACACCACCACUAAAGUAACAGCUUUAUUUAUCAAAAUGAAAAGUUAAAAUUCUCAGCCCUGUUGUUCUGCAUAUUUUGCUCUUAAGUAUGGUUCAGAAACAUCUGAACAUGCAAAGUGAGUACAUUUUAUAAAAGCGCUGUUGUCAUUCAGUCGGCAGUGAAGCUGAGAUGCAAACUUGGUGCCAAACAAAAGUUGGUCAGCUUAUCUGUGGAGUGCACAUCCGAGACUUAUGGAGAAUGGCGUCAAGAAGGGCAUUACAAAUUCAUACACAAUUAUAAGAAAUCCAAGGGAUACCACCAGUCGACCAUUAAUGUACAUGCUAUUGUAUGACACACAACCUUGAAAAACAUCAAGCCUGAUGUAUUUUUGAAUGUCGUAACAUUAAACUAAGAUUUUCUUUGCAGUCUUUUUGAAGGUCAGAUUUGUCCAAAUGGUGCUGUGCUAUUACCAAUAUGUACUUAUAUGUUCAGAUAAAUGAGAAGGGUGGAAAAAAUGCAGUCAGCACAGACUAGGCUCUGCAGCCAGGUAAACCAACUGGCUAUCGAGUAAAAAAUAUUUUAAUAUUGUUACUGCAUAACACAGAUGACUAAAAAUCUUUAACUUGAAGAAGCAGUCCAUGACUGCCAAGUGAAGGUGCGACACUGUAGUGCUCUAUUUUUCUAUAGUCAUGAUGUGUGUAUG